GUCUGUUUCUGAUGAUGCCAGUGAGAGAGCGGCACAUCUCGCGAUGAAUGAGAAUUCAGCUCUAGCACAAAUUCAGUCACACCGACAAUAAUGGCCGCUAUGCGCAGACUGGGAGUCAUAUUCAGGCGUUUGUCGCUGUCGUCCGCUCCACCAAACGCUUCUUUGCGGUCUCCGGUAAGGGAUAACCGAUGCGCACGCGGAGGAAUAGCCGUCGCUGUAGGCGUUGCCGCAGGGGGAGCGAUUGCAUAUUAUUAUUAUUCAGAAACGAACAGAUCGAAAGGGAGGAAAACCCAUAUGAACUUAACUGGCUGUCGGGCUCUGCUGCCUUCACUGCCUGCUGUAUCCGCAAGGGAGAAGGCACAUGUGUUUGAUUUUGAUGACGGUGAUGUGUACAUGUCAUCUCAUGAGCAUCGCUUCCGUCUCUUCAGCUCAGUGGAGUAUGAUGGGCAGCUGUACAUGACUCCUCAGAACUUCAUCGAGUCGGUCACCAUGAGCGAGCCUCGCCACAAGAAACCCUGGAGGUCUCUCACUAAACAGGAGCUGGAAAAGAUCUUGUCUGACACUCCACCUGUGUGGAAAGGGUCGUCCAAGCUGUUCCGAAACCUUCGUGAACGAGGCAUCAUCGCUUACACGGAGUAUCUCUUUCUGCUGUGCAUUCUGACAAAGCCUCAUGCAGGCUUUAAGAUCGCCUUCAACAUGUUUGACGCAGACGACAACCAGAUGGUGGAUAAGCGCGAGUUUCAUGUGCUGCAAGAAAUCUUCCGAAAGAAAAAUGAGAAGAAAAGCAGGAAAGGAGAUGCAGAGAAAUCUGCUCAGCUGAGUAUGCAGCUCUAUGGAUAUCAGGUUGCCCCCGUAAACAGCGUGCUAAAAAAAGAGACUCAGGAGUUUGUGCCCAGGAGCUACUGGGACAUGCUGAGACGUGGCGCGAGCCAAGCCCUCUUUUCUGACCUUGCAGAGCGUGGCGAUGAGAAUAUGAUGGUUGACACCACACUGCUCGUGCACUUCUUUGGCAAGAAGGGAAAGGCGGAGCUAACGUUUGAUGACUUCUACAGAUUCAUGGAUAAUAUUCAGACCGAGAUGUUAGAGAUCGAGUUCCUGACCUAUUCCAAAGGCAUGACUACCAUCAGUGAGGAGGACUUCGCCCGAAUCUUGCUCCGAUACACCAACGUGGAGGACAUCCGCAGCUAUCUGGAGAACGUGCGUCAGUGCAUACCUGAUGAAAAGGGCAUCACCUUUGAGGAGUUCAGAUCCUUCUUUCAGUUCCUUAAUAACCUAGAGGAUUUCGCCAUUGCCAUGCAGAUGUACAACUUUGCUUGUCGUUCCAUUGGACAAGAUGAGUUUGCUCGGGCAGUGUAUGUGGCCACAGGCCUGAAACUGACUCGUCACUUGGUCAACACCAUCUUCAAGAUUUUUGACGUGGAUCAUGAUGAUCAGCUCAGUUACAAGGAGUUUAUUGGCAUCAUGAAGGACCGGUUGCAUCGUGGAGGCAGGAACUAUAAGACUGUAGAGCGUUUCACUUCCUUUAGGUCAUGUCUAAAAAAGGAACUGGCUGGCAGCAGGUGAAUGAAAGAUGUGGCUUUUCCUUCUCAUAAAGAAACAUUUCAGAAAAGGUUUCUAGAGAAGGCAUAUCUGUCAUGAGAGCUACCUCUUCUUCUGAUCUUGAAACGUGGGGAGAUUGUGUUCCUGAAAUCAGCACUCUGCACUGCAUGUUCUAGUACCGGAUAGCUCUGCAUGUUUGAUCUCUUUCUACUUUAGUUCUUCUAUAAUCUUAUAUUCUUGUUUGCAUGCAACCUGCGGAUGAUAUCUCUGCCUUGAAUGAAUUGCAAUUGCUACAAGAUUUUUGUACGCUUUAGUUGCACAUAUUUGCCCAGGCAACGACAGAGAUCACAUUUAUUAAUUUUUUAUGAAGACCUAUUUAGCAGUAUGGGUUCAUGAUGUUUUCAUCUUUUUUCCAUAAAUAUAUGCAUUAUGAUUAUUUAAUCUUAAUCUUUUUUUCAUGUUUUUUAAUGUAAAGAAUUGUACUGUGUAAAAGGAACAUACUUAAGUGUUUGGAAGAGGGCUACCUGUAAUGUAAUAUUGAAGCUAAUGUAACAUGAUGAGAAUUGCCUUAAUCUAUUAUUAUUUCUCACACAAAUUAUUUAAUGUGGUUUGAUUAUGAAAUGUCUUGACCGCACAAAGAUUGUACAAGAUUGUCUACCAAUUGUCGUACAACGUCAUCCAAAGCAAUUAACAUCUUAAGUUUAUAACUAUGAUUUAAGGAAUAAAUAUAUAGGGGCGGUUUCCUGGACUGGGAUUAGACCUAGACUAAAAUAAAUGUAAGAGCUGUACAAACUGAAAAAAACUUGCACUAACAUAUCUUUAAAUACAUCAGUGCCUUUGUGUUGUCUCAAAAUGCACACAAGUAAUGUUUUUAGUAAGGCAUGUUUGUUAAAACUACUUAAAUUUUCUAAUUAAACUAGUCUUGGUUUAAAAUAAUCCCUGUCCGGGAAACCGCCCCUUGAUGUUCUGUCAAUGACAAAAGAUAAUAAAGUGUUCAGUAUGUAUGCCUAUAAAUGCAGACAUGGGUGUUUAACACGCGUUGCGUCCGAAAUUGCAUAAUAUGACAGUACGUACUGAUUUAAAUGAAUUCCCUACACGGACUAUUAACGUUCUAUAUAGUAUGUGUGGGUAGUAUGAAUACAACAACCGUUCAUGCAACACAAAAAUAUAAAUGACAAGAAAAGCUCAAGAGUAUGCAUAAAGUGAAUGGAAAUUUUUGAGUUGUGCAAACUAAAGUUGAAAUUAAGUAAACAUAACAUACAUUACCAGUGCAAUGAACUUAAUAUUAUCAGUACAAAUGCUGUGAGGAAUACCCAUAAACCCUUGUGCCUGAAAAGUUUGAUUAUUCAUGCUUUUUUUAAAUAAUAAGCACUUUUGGGGCAUUUAUAUAGAUCUUAAUAAGAUGUACAGUAUAAAGAUAGUUAAGAUGUCUUAAGUAUUAUUGGUGGUUUUUUGUUGUGAAUAAUUGUUUUCUGUGAAGUUACCCUUCAGGUGAUUUGUGUUUGCUUUGGUAAGGCUAGACCCUGUUCAACUCAUCAUAAUUUAAACAUCAACAACGAAAAGACACAUCAGAAAAGCAGUAAUUAGAGUGCUAUGUGUAGCUUCAAUCAAUGACUGACAUCAAAUUAGUCAUCAAUUACUUCAACUGUAUCCAAUAUAAUAAUUUACUAUAUGAAUAUUAAAAUGAGUUAAUUACAUGUUUAAGUACAGUCUACAUGAGAACUGUAAAUUCAUUGAACUCGUGCGACAUAUUUUUUCAAGUAAAGAAGGUCAAGUGAAUUCAUGUAUUUGUGUAAACCCAACAAAGAUUUUCUUGUUAUUGUGACUUAAAAUCUCCUUAAAUUGAAUCAACUUAAAAACUAUGAGGCAAAAAGGGCCCACAUACUGUAUAUUUUAAGUAAAGUCAACACAUCAUUUUUUACAAAGUUGGUACAAACAUAAUUUAUUCACGAGAAAUUCAUUAAUCUGUACUUACAUGUAAAAAAUGGACACCCGCUUCAAAGUUUUCCGCUAUUUUGAUUUUGUUAAAUUUGGAAUUUGACCAUUGCUCAGCUCCCGUUGCACCAUGGGAUAGAGAAGUGUCCAUUGCUGUGUCCCAAUCUGCAUACUAUCCGUCCUAAAUAGUAUUCGAAAGUAGAAUUAGUAUGUCCUGAAUCGUAGUAUGUUGAAAAGAGUAUUCCAAAGAUUUCCGGAUGAUCUACUACUUUCAGUAGAAAUUCGAAGUGCAGAACUAUGCACACUCUAGCGAGUAGCAUCUGAUCACACUCACAAAUCUCGGCAGAAGCAAUAGACCAUCCGGGUAUUUCUUGGCUACUGUUUUGUACAUACUGAGGUUUCGGACAUACUACUCAUGACUCAUUUUCGCAUACUAUAUAGUAUGGAAGUAGGCGAUUUCGGACGCACGGAUGGUGUUCUCCAACUGUAUCUUACAAAAUAUUGCCUUAUUGAUGUAAUGUAAAUGAUUACAUUUUCAGGUCUGUGGUACACAUGGUUUUUAAAAAAAUGAUAUACCGUUUUAACAAAUUGUUUAAAAGUGAUACUUGACUCCACAUACACACAGUCGGUUAUAUCUUAUGUGAACGUUAACACUUGGAUGUGUAUCAAAUGUACUGGAUCAGUGCAUUAAGCUCAAAAAACUGCUUUUGUCAUCAAUGUUAAUGAAACAGCAAAAGACAAACAGAAGUCACACACUGCUCUUGACUGAAUAACUUUUGCACCUUUAAUUCGAAUCACAUAUCCACACAUCCAAGUUUUUGUUGCAGUAUGAUAGAGCUAGUAAAAUACAUGUCACAUUAGGCCUACUUGGUUAUGUUCUGAUGAAAGCCACUCCUUGCUAAGCAAAGUUGAUCUGAUAAUGUUAAAUGAAAUUCAAGUGGAUGAUAUUUAUUCGAAAAUGACCAAGUUUGGGGUUAUUUUCAUGUCGGAUUCUGCAUAAUUUAUAUACAAGACUUUAUGGCAAAGACAAUAAUAGCAAGUCAAAAUGAUGUGGUCAGCAAGUUACACUUUUGCUCUUAAAUCAAACAGAAAUGUAUUUUUCUAAUGAACUUUUUCUUUAAGGUGUCUAUUUUCAAACUAAUUAAAUUAUACUAAAUAAAAUGUCAUGCACCUUAAAUUAAAUAAAUGAAAUAAAAAUGACUAAUCAACUAUUUAACACUUUAUUUACACUAGGUUGAAACUUGGCAUAUCAUAUCUAAAUGACAGGACUCUGGAACUAUAAACAUUAAGAGUUUUUUUUUCAAAAUGUUAAACAAGACGGAAUGUUCCAUUGUUAAUGUUUACAGUUAACAAAAUAAUCCUUACCUGUCCAGCAGAAGGAGCUAGCAGAGGUACACUUCUGAACAAAAUCUUAAGACCCGGGAAAACGUUACAAGUAUUCGCAUUUCUCGCUGGUGGAUCGUAACCAGGUUAUAAGUACUGCUUCAAAAUGCCAAAACAAGAAACAGGAGCAAGAGACAAAAAAACAGAGAGUAGGCAAUUUAUUGAAAACUUCAUUUAUCUUAAUCUGUUAUUUUACUAUUUGACAUUAAUAGAAAAUUAUCCAACAUAGAUAAACCCACAACCUGACACAAAGCUGUAUUAUGGCCCAAGAACACGAAGACUAAAUCCAGCACACUUGGAUACCUAGAUAUUUGUCGCCACCUACUGUUUGAUUUAUUAUAACACUCCAUAUCUUUCAAUAAAGUCAAGAAAUAUCAGGAUAUAUCCUGCUCUAUAUAUUUGCUCUUUUUCUGUUUAUAUUGAUACGUAUAUAUAGAUACUUUAUACAUUUAUUUUUAUCUUAUCUGUAUUUGUACAGAAUGUUUAUAUUUAAUGUUCCUGUGCUUUGGCAAUGUAAGAUUUGUUUUAUCAUGCCAAUAAAGCUUCUUUGAACCUUGAAUCUUCAUAUCUGGCGCUGCGUGUUCAUCUCCUCCGGCUUCUACACUCCAGUCCCUCUAGAUCCAUCCUGGUGCAUCAAAACAUAAACCAUUCUAAUCAAAAUCUGUGUCCGAAAUAGCCCCCUAUACCCUAAUAUAGUGCACUAUUUGAGGGGACAUCCAUUUUUAGUGGUGUCCGAAAUUCAUAGUGGACAUUAUUGAGUGCACUCAUUUAAUCCCAUGAUGCAUCAUAAUAACGAGUGUACAACCGAUGUACACUCACGGCUAGCUGCUAGCCAUACAUCGUGAUGCUCGCGCUGAUUGCUCGGCAGAAGAUGGCGCCCGCAGCAUUUCGAGUGCACAGGGUGUCCUAAUUUACUCACUCGUUUUGACCCGCUCCCGGACUAUAUUAGUGCACUAAUGUAGGGAAUAGUGAAUGAGGGUAUAGUGGGAGAUUUCGGACACAGCCAAAGAGAUGAAAGUAACACGUGUGUGACAGACAUCGGUGUAUCAUCUUAACUUCUCU